UUCACACUCACACCAUAGAUUAGGGAUCGCAUGAGCUACAGUUUUCAUAACCUCGUGUGCAUCUUGUUUAUUGGGUGCGCGCUCAACCCGCGCGUAAUAUUGAUCCGGCCACUUGCAUCUCCAAUAAUUCUUGAGAAGGCUCAUCCAGAGAGCGCCACUUGGAUAAUUCCUUGAUUCUCCGUUACUUUCGUGGGUCUCUCUGGGUGUGGGUCGAUUAAGCAUUGAUAUGCAUGAUUGAAUGUCACUGCAUUUCUUUACGGACUCCAGUUUCUUGUUGUUGCGGAUCGCCCGCACGGAACCUGUGGUUAGAUAUGACGCAUCGGUCACAGUAGGGACGCGUCUGGGAGAAGCAGAAGGGUUGCAGUGAAAAGUGAUCACCAAAUCUGGACUACACCGGCGAAACGCGUUCACCUGCUCGUCAUGUCGAACACGGCGAAGAGCAAAAAGGAGAAGGAAAUCAUUACCGAGUAUGAGAGUCAAGUGAAAGAGAUCCGAUCUCAGUUGGUGGAGCAGCAGAAAUGUUUGGAGCAGCAGACGGACAUGCGAGUUCAGCUCUUGCUGGACCUGCAGGAUUUCUUCAGGAAGAAAGCCGAGAUCGAGAGCGAAUAUUCACGCAACCUGGAAAAACUCGCUGAACGCUUCAUGGCCAAAACGCGCAGCACCAAGGACCACCAACAAUACAAGAAGGACCAGAACUUGCUUUCUCCAGUAAACUGUUGGUACCUGCUGCUGAACCAGGUGAGGAGAGAGAGUAAAGAUCACGCCACACUAAGCGACCUUUACCUCAACAACGUAAUCACACGCUUCACGCAUGUCAGCGAGGACAACAUGCGUCUGCUCAAGAAGAGCAAAGAGAUCAUUUUCCAACUGCAAGAGGACCUAAUGAAGAUUCUUAACGAACUCUACACAGUUAUGAAGACGUAUCACAUGUAUCACAGUGAGACUCUUAGUGCAGAGAAUAAGUUAAAGGAGGCUGAGAGGCAGGGUGAACGACAGGGUCGGGGCGGAGAGGCUGUCUUUAGCCUGCGGACUGAAGAUCGGCACCAACGACGCAACGCUGCCCGCAAGAUCCAGAAGAUGAAAGAGAAGCGCCAAGCCAAGUACUCGGAGAACAAACUGAAGGUUAUGAAAGCCCGGAACGAGUAUCUGUUGACUCUGGAGGCCACCAACGCCUCUCUGUUUAAAUAUUACAUCAACGACCUGUCGCAUUUGAUUGACUGUUGUGAUCUCGGUUACCACGCGGGCCUGAGCAGGGCAUUGCGGACCUACUUGUCGGCGGAAUACAGCUUGGAAACCUCUCGACACGAGGGCCUUGAUAUUUUGGAGGGGGCAGUGGAGGGGUUGGACCCUGGCAGUGACCGGCAGCGCUUUAUGGAAACUCACCCCACAGCGUUCACUCCUCCUGCACGCUUCAACUUUCAACCACACUUAGGAGACCAGGUGAGUCAAAUCACGGCACUGCCGCAGGUGCAAGCCGAGCUCCUUCUCCGAUUCCAGCAGCUGCAGUCUCGCCUUUCCACACUGAAGAUCGAAAAUGAGGAGGUGAAAAAGACAUCAGAGGCCACCCUCAGCACUAUCCAGGACAUGGUGAACAUGGAGGACUAUGAUGUGUCAGAGAGCUUCCAGCACAGUCGCUCCACUGAGUCUGUCAAAUCCAGCGUAUCAGACACUUACCUCAGCAAACCCAGCCUGGCCAAGAGACGUGCCAACCAGCAGGAAACCGAGCUCUUCUAUUUCACAAAACUAAAGGAGUAUCUCGAAGGAAACAAUCUCAUCGCUAAACUUCAAGCCAAACACGACAUGUUAAAGAGGAGCAUAGCAGAAGGAUACAGAGCUGACAUCAUGACAACCAGCCGUCGACGCAACUCCCACAGCAGACACCAGGACUCUGGGAAGGCUAUCCCGUUGAUUGUGGAAAGCUGCAUUCGCUUUAUUAAUCUAUACGGUCUGCAACACCAGGGUAUUUUCAGGGUUUCAGGCUCACAGGUUGAAGUCAAUGACAUUAAGAACUCUUUUGAACGAGGCAACGACCCCUUGACUGACGAGGAAAAUAACCACGACAUUAACUCAGUGGCGGGUGUGCUGAAAAUGUACUUCAGAAACCUGGACAACCCUCUUUUUCCCAAGGAGAAGUUCAACGAUCUCAUCGCCUGCAUCCGAACUGAAAAUCUGUAUGAGCGUGCCCUCUCCAUCCGGAAAAUACUGACGAUGACACCACGACCAACACUGGUGAUCAUGAGAUACCUGUUUGCAUUCCUCAACCAUUUGUCCCAGUACAGUGACGAGAACAUGAUGGACCCUGGAAACCUCGCCAUCUGCUUUGGUCCGACUCUGAUGCCCACCCCGGACCUCUUAGACCAGGUCUCCUGUCAGGCACACGUCAACGAGAUCGUCAAAACAAUCAUAAUCCACCAUGAGACCAUCUUCCCUGACACCAAAGAGCUGGAGGGACCAGUUUAUGAGAAAUGCAUGAGCAAUACUGAGUACUGUGAAAGUCCAU